UGCAGUUGAGCUGUUGUGUGUUUGUGUCUCUGUAUUCAAGCAGUAAAAUGGCAGAAGCCAGAAUUUCUCAGGAUGAGUUCCAGUGUUCAGUGUGUCUGGAUCUCCUGAAGGAUCCAGUGACCAUUCCCUGUGGACACAGUUUCUGUAAGAUCUGUAUUACAGGACGCUGGGAUCAGGAGGAUGAGAAGAGAGUCUACAGCUGCCCUCAGUGCAGACAGACCUUCAGUCCAAGACCUGCUUUAACUAAAAACACCAUGCUGGCUGAAGUGGUGGAGAAACUGAAGAAGACUAAACUUCCUGAUGACUGUAACGCUGGAGCUGGAGAUGUGCAGUGUGACGUCUGUGAUGGAAGAAAACGCAAAGCCAUCAAGUCCUGUCUGGAGUGUCUGAACUCUUAUUGUGAGAAUCACCUUGAACAACAUGAGAGUUUUUUUAAAAGAAAGAGACACAAUCUGACUGAUGCCACUGGACGCCUGCAGGAGAUGAUCUGCCAAACACAUGAUAAACUCCUUGAGGUUUUCUGCCGCACUGACCAGAAGUUUAUAUGUGUGCUGUGUACGAUGGAUGAACAUAAAAACCACGACACUGUAUCAGCUGCAGCACAGAGGACAGAGAAUCAGAAGCAGCUGAAGGAGACGCAGAGGUCGUUCCAGCAGAGGAUCCAGCAGAGAGAGAAAGAUCUUCAGCGGCUGAGAGAGGCUGUGGCGUCUCAUAAGCGCUCUGCACAGACAGCAGUGGAGGAUAGUGAGAGGACCUUUACUGAGCUCAUCCGCUCCAUUGAGAGAAUCUGCUCUGAGGCGACACAGCGGAUCAGAGAUCAGGAAAAGACUGCAGUGAGUCGAGCUGAAGGACAACUGGAGCGACUGGAGCAGGAGAUCAAUGAUCUGAGGAGGAGAAACGCUGAGCUGGAGCAGCUUUCACACACACAGGAUCACAUCCAGUUCCUGCAGAGUUUCCAGUCUCUCUCAGCUCCUCCUGAAUCUACAGACGUAAAUGACAAUCCCUUCAGUUCUCUCUUCUCUUUUGAUGGUGUGAGAGAAUAUGUCCUUCAGCUGAGAGACAAACUGGAGAAUUUCUGCAAAGAAGAACUCAAGAAGAUCUUUGACAGAGUUAUUUUAACCAACAUUGUUCCCAAGACCAGGAACGACUUCCUACAAUAUUCCCAUCAGCUCAAUCUGGAUCUGAACACAGCACAUAAAAACCUUCAUCUGUCUGAGAGGAACAGAGUGAUUAAAUUCACUGACACUAGCAUAGUCCAGCCGUAUCCUGAUCAUCCAGACAGAUUUGAUGAUGUGUCUCAGGUGUUGUGUAGAGAGAGUGUGUGUGGACGCUGUUACUGGGAGAUUGAGUGGCAUGGGUAUGUGUGUAUAGCAGUGUCAUACAAGAGCAUCAGCAGGAAGGGACGGUAUAAUAAGUGUCGGUUUGGAUUUAAUGAUCAGUCCUGGAGUUUUUUCUGCUCUUCCUCCAGAUACUCAAUUAGACACAAUGACAUAGAGACUGAACUCCCUGUAAAGCCCAUCAGUCGUAGAACAGGAGUGUGUGUGGAUCACGGGAGAAUAGGAGUGUAUGUGGAUCCCAGUGCAGGAACUCUGUCCUUCUACAGCGUCUCUGAUACAAUGAGCCUCAUACACACAGUCCAGACCACAUUCACUCAACCGCUCUAUCCUGGGUUUAGGGUUUUUUCUAAAUCAUCAAUGAAACUUGUUGAUGAAUCAGAAUAGACUGUAGAGAGAUUCUACCCAAAAUACUUUGAACUGCAUGAUAAAUCACUGACUGUCACACGCUGGCUUGACUAGAUAAUCCGAGAUAAGAGGCUUGAUGCAGAAAGACGAUGAACACUUAUAUUUAACAAACACCAGGGAUAAACACCAGCAGGAAACAUUAAAACAAGACAAUGAACAUAUAAUGACUGAGGGUUUAACCCUCUGGGGUCAACAAACGCGCCAGCACAUUUUGCUGGAUUUUCUUCACAUAGUAGCCCAAUAGAAUUAAAUUACUUCAUCAUUUAUGAUCAUACAGAAAAAAUAAAUAUGAAAAAAGAAUCUGUAAGAUGUCUACUUUUGUAUGUGUCCAACACAUCAAAACAAAACAUUGUGCUUUUGUAAAAUAAAGAAAACAAACAGAGUGUGCUUUCUGCCUCUCUAAAUCCGUGAACUUUUUUUUCCUUGAGCACGUCUCUAAACUGAAACAAAACUCAGCGAAUAAUCCACAAAUUUUGUAAUUCAUACAAAUGAUAUAAUAUCCAAGGUAAACAUUUAUAGUAAUUGUGCAGUUAAUUCUCAUGCUGUAUUUUCAGAAAGUUUUGGUAUCCUCUCCCCAAAUUUGUCACAAAUAAAACACAAUAAAAAUAAUUUAAUGAGAAGGCUUACAUUGACCAAUUUAGAUUUAGUUUUAUUUAGAUUUACCUUGUAAAUAUGUUGUUUGCUGUUUUAUUAACCCAUUAAUGUAUUUUUUAGAUAUACCAUGUAAAGCUGUUGCUAUAAGACUCGCAGCAUGAGGAAGUCAGAAAAAAGCUCAGUUAUGGGGAAACGAGUAUUGCAAAACAUCUGGGAAGGGUUCUAGGAACAAGAGGGCCUAAGUUGACUGUUGCUGUAUAUCUGUCUUACCAAAUGCUGUAUUUCCUUUUAUAUAUGAUGAAAAUGCUUGUGCUUAGGGGGAAACCCUCUGAUCUCUGAAGGGUAUACAUUGUGAGAUCUUCAACAGUUUAAGGCCGAACCUUGUGGUGAAGACUACUCGUAUUUUUUUAUGUUUAUUUUUUAUUCUGUUCUUUGUUAUUAAAACGAAACCAUCGAUUGUGGUGAU